UGUAAGAUUGUGAACGGCUGGUCGAGAAGUAUUGUUCAUAUGUAACAGUUUGUUGUGUUGCCAGUUUCUCAGUGUACUGGUGUUAUUCCAAAAUGCAGAAAAGCAGCUGGAUGUUGUAUAAACUGGAAACAUAGUUUUUCCUGCUGCACCAGUAAACACAUAAUUUGUGUCUAAGACAGGUGUUAAAGAAAUAAAACACAGACACUGACAUACAAUAGAAACAUUAUCUGAUGUAAACUGUGAGCAGCCAACCUUUCACUCCAGGCUCAUUCUUCAGCUGUAAUGUUCAGCUCUUGUGCUGAAUCACCUAGCAACAGACCUGUUUACCCUCAAAACCACCACAAGGCAGAGAGGUGAACAAACAGCCUGGAGUUGCAGGUACGUCUGGAAACAGUGCCCACAUGCCCUGAGGAUUUUUGCCAUCCAUCACUGUUGUCAGUGAAGGUUUCCAUUACAGCAGUCACAGAUGGCUGAGCUGAGGAGGAUAGUCGCGCCGACUGUUAGAGCAACAGGCGGCUGUGAACGACCGACCAAAGACACACUUACAGUCUGUAACACGUCUUACAGGGCGUCGUACGGUGGGAGAGUUCACGACCCAGGCAGGCCGAGCUUCACCUCUUACCUCGGACAUCCCAGUGAGACAGGCUUCACAUCAAACCAGAGACCAGCUGUAUAUUACAGGCCUGGUCUGGACCACACUGACAACCCUCAGUUUGGGCUUCUGUUAUCUGACAGUUUCAUGUCUCAAACCAAACGGCAUUACCAGCCUCACAUCCGGUCUGACUGUUUGGGGGCUUUGCCGAACCUCAUUAACAAACCCAGAGACAGUGGCUUCCAUCAGCUGCGGAGUCAUCCAAAAACAGAGAGUGGUGAGGAGAAGACAGAGUACCAACGACUGUUUGUGGCUCAUCGUCUCACACCUGCAGUUUCCCAAAACCAUGUGACUAUAGGUCCUAAACGAGAGACAGGUUUCUCUGAGGGGACAGACCUUCUGUUUAACACCUUUCAGGAGAAAAACAGCAGCAGGGUUGAGCCUCGCCACACUCACAGCUCAGUGAUGAAAAACGACUUCUUGCCACCGUCAUUUCUGCAGGGCACUGAGGCGAUACCGGGCCUGCGCAGCCAUUCUUGCAGAGAAACAGGAUUCACUCGAGGUGCCAUCGCUCCCUUGGCCUGCCCAUCCUCUCUUCUGCCAUCACCCCAGACUAAAACUAAUGCACCGACUGAGAAGGCCAUUGGAAAAAAGGAGCCCACAGGGUCUCUUCUAAAUGCUCCAAACAACCAGGCUUUCCCUGAUACACCUUUCAAUUGUUCCCACUUCACUACACAUUAUAAGAGCAAGUUCUGUCAUGAUGCUAAUGUGGAGAAGUGGAGAUCUGGUCACACCGGCGCAGGAAUCAUCAGCUCAAAAAUGGUCAACGGCUACAAUCGGCGGGACACGGACAGAAGAGGAAGGAAAAGCUGCUGGGGUCAGAUGUGCAGCUCCUCUGUCAGCCUGAUGAACUGUGGCAGAAGAGGCGGACAAACGGGGAGACAGGCCGCACGCUGCUUGAGGAUAAUCCUGUCUGAUGUACUGAGGACCAAAAGAGCUGAUUUGCAAAUUUCUGCAUCGCAUUGAAACGACCCUGAAAUGACACAAUGGACUGUAAGCAGUGGACAGACAGACAGACAGAGACCUCAGGGGGGGCAAAUGGAUGUGACUGCUGAGGUGAAUGUCCAUUUGUUGAAUACAGAUGAAGCACUACAUGACCCAGCCAGCAUGGGAAACAUAUGGAAAAAGAAACAAGCAAUUAAAAAAUAACUCAAACAAAUAUAAACAUUAAUGUACUUAGAGCAAAUGAAAUCACGUUUCGGUUAAAUCACAUUGUUGCACCUGUCUCUGGAUGAUGACAGAAGCAACACGAGACUGUAAUGAUAUUGUAUUGCUACAUCCUAGGGGUUAAAUAAGGACAAGGAAGGUGUCUGCUCAAAGGAGCACUUCUGCACCACCUGCUGGUGGACGAGGGAACUGCAACACUUCAUUUUCAAAAUAUAAUGGCUGUGUUCAUGAGAAGUGUGGCUUCUUAUUUUCGACUGUAAAUACUCAAGAAUCAAAAU